AUGGCGACGGUGCAACCUACCAUGACGAUGGAGGCGCUUGUCGGUGGCCUGGAGACGGAGGCAGGAAGCGAGCCGCACUUCUGCCCAGUCAAAGCCCUGCCCAUCAAGCGAACACAUCGCGUGCGGACAUUGCCAGGCUUUCACCUGCUGUGCCUCGAUGCAGGCAAGGAGGCCAUGGCGCGAGGAAGCUACGAAGCCUUCGGGCAGCGUUUCCACUGCGAAAGUCUCCAGUACCUGCACCAAGAUGACAAGGUCUUUAUAUGUCCACAGGACCAGAAGGCUUUUCUGAACCAGAUGUCCAUGCGUUAUCACCAAUACAUCAGGCAUGAGCUGCAGGAGCGCAAAGAGGAAAGGAAGCGGCUUCGAGAGCGUGCUGAGGAGAGGAAAGCUAGAGCUGAUCGGCAUCGACAGCAACCCGACAGCCUGUCAGCAAGGGCAGUCGCUGCGGACCCGGCUCCCGUGGCUCCUACGGCUCCUACGGCUCCUGCGGCUCCUGCGGCGCCUGCCCUUCCUGACCCAGGCCUGGAGCGUACCAGUCUCGCGUCCGACGUUCCCGAAACGCCACCGCCAGUCAUCAACGAGGACUUCCCGGAGGUCAAGUUGCCAAAGCCGAGAAAUGAGGCAGAUCCAAGGCUGGCCUCCACGUUGACACCCCUUCCGGUCCAGACGCCAAUGACACCGGCGCCUUCGACACAGAAGCCGCCCGUGGAUGACGACCUGUAUGGUGAUUUGGGGGGAGAGCAGGCGAAGCGACAGAAGACUGGCUCCGCCUAUGCAAGUGCGAUGACGGCGAUGAUGACAGGAGACUUUGAUGACGACGACUGUGACGAAAUACCCGGCAGAAUGCUGCUGAAACUGCUUGCCGCCCUUACCACGGCCCAUGUUGCGGCUGCUUCCGAUGCCUCACUGGAGGAUGCCGCGCUGUCUCUCAUACAGGGGCAUGCGAGGAAGAUCGUCAAGACCAAGGGUUCGAAGCUUGCCACACAACUGUCGGCGACGGAUGCUUUGGCGGACUUUGAAGGUGGAGCAGGAUUGUCCUUGAUACAGGGCAACCAAUGCCGACUUAAUGUUGACGAGCACUGCGCAGCACCAGCCGGCGCUCGAAGAGUAAAGAAGGCCGUCGAUCCUGCUAUGUCUGCAGCGGUAGCUGAUGGUAUUGAGGACGGUGUGGCUGCUCUAUCACUCUUUCAAGUAACCCGCGGGUCGUGGCGAAAGGGCGAUGAAUGCCACGGGUCGGUCCGAGACGUCGUGGCAGACGAAGCGACGACAGACCAGGCUGCGGACUCUGCAGCGACAUCCUUAAUUCAGCAAGAGCGGAGCAAGAUCAAAGUCCGGAGAGCCUCCGUGGAAGGUCCGUGA